UUGAAUCGUAUUUUUACAAAAAAGAUUUUGUGCAUUUACUAUUAUUUGUCCGAGACAAUAAUAUUCUUACAUAAUUAUUGAUUUUCAUGUAUUAUAUUUCAUAAUAAAAGUAUGUGUGUUUCUGUUUUUACAAUAAAGGAGCUUCUUCCAUUGUAAUAUACAGAAGAAAUCUGACAAUUUGGCGAAGAUGGUUUCGACUUUGAGUUUGGAAGAAAAAUACAAUAGAGUUCGACGAAAUUUUUGCUUCUAUUUGGAUAUUCAAGAACAUGGACUUGCCCGUUCUUUAUCAAGAAGACUGCAAGAUAUGGGUCUGCAGCAGGAGGCGUUCCUGUCGUCGCGCGUGACGCACGUGGUGCGCGAGCCCGCGGCGGGCGGCGCGGCGCCGCGAUGUAACGCCGCGCGCACCCGCGCCGAUGCCAUGCUCCAGCGCGCGCGCCCGCCUGGCCGCCACCACCCGCACCUGGUCACGCUCACCGUGCACAAGGCUAUAACUCUAUUGGAUAAACUCUAUGAUACAUUCUUCGCGGCGCCGCGUAAAGCGCAUGUCAAACUCUUCAGUAAACAUUACCUCAAGAUUGAGUUUUUGGACAAGGUUUGCAGACCUGUAUACAAAGAAUUCGAUGAGUGGCCGGAAAUAUCCCUAGAACCGGACCCACCCAAAGAAAAAAGAGAAAAGAAAGAGUCGACCACUAUCAACCAGAUCGGGGACAUCAAUCAGAACCAACAGAACACUGCAGGUCAGAAAAUGACGAGGAAGAGUCGGCCGAGAAUCAAGGAAAAGGAGGAAAAGGAGCCAAAAGGGGGGUACUGUGAGAUGUGCAACGCUGACUACGUGGACCCCGCGCUGCACCGCCGCUCGCCGCAUCACCUGGCCUUCGUGAGGGACCACACCAACUUCCUGGCGCUCGACUCGCUCAUCGGCUCCGGCGCCGACGUCACCACGUUCCUCGACAAGGCCACGCCCCUCAACGGCGAGCGCCGGUCGCUCAGGAAGAUGUGCAACGGCGACGAGAAGUCGAGGCGCUCCAAGCGCUCGCAGUCGCCGGACUCGACCGUCAACGGGAACCAGAGUCCCAAACGCAACGGGGGCUUGGACGACGAGAGACGGCACAACACCAGGUGCAGCAAGCGGAGCACGGAAGCCGAGGACCGGCAGUACUAUAAAGUAGUCGGAGUGAGCACUAAGCUGCGGUCGAGCGGAGGCUUCGCGACGCGGAGGAAGGAUUCUCCACCGGCGUGUAACGGGACGAAACCGUUAGUAGUGAAGUUCCGCAAGGUGCGGCGCUCCGAGCUGUCCGUGCUGAGCGACGAGGCCGAGCAGUUCAUGUUCCCGAAACGAGCCAGCUCCGACAGCGAGUCGUCGUCCGAGGAGGACGCGGCGCCGCCGCCCGCCGCCGAGCGCCGCAGGCUGGCGCGGCCCGGGGCGCUCAAGGAGGACUCCUCCGACGACGACGGCUGGCCCGACCACACGCGCCGGCGCAAGCGGCGCCCGCACCCUCCGGUCAAGCGCGGCCGACGGUUACCCCUAAAGCCGCUCGAGCAACCCGAGCCGAAACUAGAGCCCCCCGAACCCGAAGCCCCGCCUCCGCCUCCACCCCCACAGCCCGAGGUGGAAGUCAACCCUUUAAGAGAGGAACCUACCGAAAGGUGCAUGAAGUGGCAGGACGGCAAGCUGACGUACACGCCGGCCGUGGAGCAGCUGGAGUUCGCCUUCGAGUCCGUGCCUAGGAGCGAGCCCUGGUUCGAGACGUUCAAACGACAGGACGAGGACCGAGUCCUCGCGAGGAACGUGCCGCAAUACUUCGCACUAUAUUCAAAUUCACCAAAGUUACCCUACGAAAUCGGUCAGUUACCGCCGCUGAAGCCAAACUGUUGCCCGCUGAGCGACCUCGUCAAACGAGAGGAGAAGCCGGGCCCCUCGCGCUCGUACGGCACGCGCGGCAUGAAAAAGCAGAAGAUCCGGAAACGAACGGCCGCUAUACUCGCGCUCGAGGGACACUCGAGGAAGUCGCCGCGAGAGCACGCGUCCACGCUCGCCAUACUCGGCUCCGUCGGACUGUUGCACAGGCGGAAGAACGGCGACGACGCCAAAUCUACCGCAUCCGAGGACACAAUCAGUGAUACCCAUAGCACCGUUAAGAUAGAACCGGUCGUAUCGGAAGCUCAAGAGGCGUCGGAGCGCCUGCAACAGUUCCUGUCGGAGGUGUUCUCGGACGCGGCCGAGUACGAGGUGUCCGCGGAGGCGAUGGAGGGCGAGGCGGUGCCGGCGGCCGGGGCGGCGCCCGACGUGGCGCGGCUCGUGUCCGACUGCGACGCCUGCGACGUGCUGCGCCACCACCUGCAGGAGGGGCUCGAGGCGCGCGCGCGCAGCCGCCGCGGCAAGUUCAAGAAGAAGAACCGCACCGGUUGGCCCAACAAGAAGAAACCCAAGAAGGACUCGCGGACCGACAGCUCCGAGUCCCAGAAAGCCGAAGGGAGCGUCGGAAGGUCGUCGGCGGAGCCCGACGAGGAUCCGACGCGGGAGGCGAUCGGCGAGGAGGACACGAACCCGUCGGAGACGGAGGAGAAGACGCUCAUAGAGCUGAAGAACGAGGAGGAGGCGCGGCUGCGGGACGGGCGCAGCCCGGCGCCGGGCGUGCGGCCGCGGCGCCGCUCGCUCGACAAGCGGCCGGCGGCGGCGGCGGCGGCGGCGGCGGGGGCGGCGCCGGUGGACGAGCGCGUGCGCGCGCGGCGCGCGCUGGCGGGGCUGCUGCUGCAGCCCGUGGUGCGCGUGGCGCGCGUGGACCCCGCCGCCGCGCGCCACACGCGCUCCGCCGCGCGCGCGCCGCCCGCCCCCCGCCGGUAG